GAGUUCCCCGUUUCUAAUCGGACGCUGUUGUUAACGGAAACGAACGGAACUGUGUCUCAUUCUCUUCGGUGCGAAAUCUGCUGUUUAGCGAGCCAACUGAUCAUAUGUUAUUACCUAAACAAACUGAAGUAUUAGGUGUAUAUUUAUGUUUAUAUUUAGCUACCUUAGUUUAAAAGAACAGUGGAUGUAAGCUUAAACCGACCCAGACGCAAAGGAGUCAUUUUGUUUUAUCGUGCUGUUCUCGGUGGGGUUACUGCUGGGUGUUAGACCACGUGUUCCCAGGGUGAACGGUUUCCAACUGUCUCAACAAUGACAUCGCUGGGAAACGGUGGAUCCUCCUCGACAGAAUACAUUGUCAGAGUGCCCAAAAACACAAGCAAGAAGUACAGCAUCAUGGCUUUUAACGCUGGGGACAAGGUCAACUGCUCCACAUGGACACAGGCGAAGAUGGAGCGCGACAUGAGCAACAGGCGCAUGUUUGGGGGGGAGGAGGAUGCGGCGGAGGGGGCCGCCGGCAGCGAGUUCGGGAAGAAGCAGAGGGAGGAGGCCCGCCGGAAGAAGUUCGGCAUCGUCACGCGGGAGUUCCGCAUGGAGGACCAGCCCUGGAUCCUGAAGGUCAACGGGAAGGCAGGGAGACGGUUCAAAGGGCAGAAGAAAGGAGGGGUGACGGAGAACGCCUCCUACUACAUCUUCACCCAGUGUCCGGACGGAGCCUUCGAGGCCUUCCCGGUCCACGGCUGGUACAACUUCACCCCUCAGGCCAAACACCGGACGCUCACUGCAGAGGAAGCGGAGGAGGAGUGGGGCAGGAGGAAUAAAGUGGUCAACCACUUCAGCAUCAUGCUGCAGCGGCGGCUGCGAGAACAGGAGCGGGGGGACGACGACGACGAGGAGACGGAGAAGGCCGGGAAGAAGAAGAAGAAGAAGAAGCCCGGCAGGGGAGGGGACCUGCGCAUACACGACCUGGAAGAUGACCUGGAGCUGAGCAGCGAUGACAGCGACAGCAGCGAGGGGGAAGAUGGAGAGAGUAAGCCGAAAGCUAAGAAGCCGGUGAAGAAGAAGGGAAAGGGCAAGAAGAAGAGGAAGGGAGGCAGUGACAGCGAAGCCCUGGAGGACAGCGAUGACGGGGACUUUGAGGGUCUGGAGGUGGACUACAUGUCUGACGAGAGCAGUUCAGAAGAUGACGAUCAAGAGAAGGUCAAACCCAAUAAAGGAGAGGAUGUUCCCAAAGGGAUCGACGAGGCCUCGGAGAGCGAGGAAGAGAGCGAGGAAGAAAAGCAGAAUCCCGAGGAGGCGAAGGAAGAGGAGGAGGAGGACGGGAAAAAGACUCCCGUACAGCAGGAGAAGAAGAAGAGGAGAGACAGCAGCGAGGAGUCGGACAGCUCGGAGGACAGCGACAUCGAGCGAGAGGCUAGCUCUGCGCUCUUCAUGGUGAAAAAACGCACCCCGCCAAAGCGAGGAGGCGGCAGGGGGUCGGGGGGUAGCUCCAGGACGGGCAGCCGUCCCGGGACCCCCUCCAUCGACAGCGCCUCCACCUCCAGCACGCUCCGAGCUGCAGCCAGCAAACUGGAGCAAGGCAAGCGGCAGGCCGUGGCUGCCACCGCGGACACGCCCGCGUCCAAGAGGCUGAAGAUGGAGCCCAGUGCACAGACCCCCUCAGGAAAGAGCACCCCACAGCCCACUUCUGGAAAAUCCACUCCCAGCUCUAGUGACGUGCAGCUGACGGAAGACGCGGUGCGGCGGUACCUGAUUAGGAAGCCCAUGACCACCAAGGACCUGCUGAAGAAGUUCCAGACCAAGAGGACGGGCCUGAGCAGCGAGCAGACGGUCAACGUGCUGGCCCAGAUCCUCAAGCGGCUCAACCCCGAGAGGAAGAGCAUCAACGAGAAGAUGCACUUUUACCUCACCGAGUGAGGGGAGGCGGGGGGGGGGGCAGAAGACAAAGGAGGCCGUGAGAUCAUGAACUUGAAAAGAACUGAAAGUUAAAGGAAUAGCAGGAAGUGGGGGUGUGAGGGGACUAGACGGGACCGAGGGGGAUUGUGGGAUUGUUGGUAAAAUAAUCAGUGGUCCUAGGUGGUGAAGGCCUAUGGUGUAAUUUACCAAGACUUUGUCUCUGCAUAAAAACACUGGUCUAAUUUAGGGGGACUGGCCUUCUUUUUAGUCGAUGUACAGUAUGAUGCGGUAUUGUAGUGCAUCUUACUUUCUGGCUGUAGAACACCAGCUGUGAUGGAGAGUAUUCCUCUUUUGUGCUUAUUUGUAAUAAAACAUUCCCUCAAUACGGUC